UUUCAGCAUUUUGUCGUCAAAUUUGGUGUUGCCACAGUACUUACAUACUUUUGGAGCUACAGUAACCCAAUGUUCACCGACAUGUGGCGCCAGACUGUCCCAUCGCUCUACUGCGCCAGAAAAGCGUGAAAAUAUUUUUUGAAAUUUUGUGACGUCACAGAGCAUUUCGAAUAAUUGUUUUUGCAGUUUAAGCCUCGAUUUUCGCCGUUUUUUGCGUCGAAUAACUUUAAUUUAUAAAAAUGAUAUAUUAAAAUGAACUUACUAUUAGGAAGAUAUACAUAUAACCCUUUAAAAAUCUGAAUUAUUAUUAAAUUGUUCCCUUUUUUUUCUAUUCAUCACAAUUUCUAGUCAUGUAGACAAUAACAAUUAGAAGAUGCACAAAAACGGCAUAUUUAUAAUUUUUCACCCAAUUUUGUACAGUAUCCAAAUUCAUAUACGACACCCCCUGCCAAAUUCUGAGAAAAACAAUUAGAGGCGCAUAUAAAAUUUGGUCGACUUCACUUUUUUUUUCUCAUUUUCACUCGAUUUUCUGCGAUGGGAUUGGUUACAAGUAUUCUGGGACGGCGAGAGUAUCGUUUGCUCCAAAAUUCGGUUACCAAGAAGCAUUUGUGCAAAUUUAUGGGUGUAGAGUUCGACUACAAUGACUUGGAUGAGAUUACCGAGAUCCGUGUUGGGGAGAAUAUAUUCGACACGUUCGAAUCCUACGCAAGAUUCGCCAUGAAAGACACUAUGAAAAGUAUAUUCGCUGAAUGCAAGGCUAUGAAAACAUGUUUGGCUAGAAUUGAGAGGGAGAAGCAGACCGAAGCCUCAAUGAAUCACAAGAUACGGCAAUGCUACAUCACGCUCCGCAGACUCUGCCAGCUCUACUACAAAUUCUAUCAAGACCUCGAGAAGCUGAAAAUUCCCGAACACGCGUGGAAUGUGCCACUCGUCAAAAAAGCGGAAAAGUCUAUUGUGGUCCUGGACCAUGCAAUUUAUAAGUUCAAAGCAAAGGGAAAUCUGGAUGUGAAAAAGUUCAGAGAAGAAGUUUCACAUCAAUAUAAUAUUAUUGAGGAGGUCCUAAAGCAGUUCAAGUCUAUGGAUGAAGGGGAAUACGUGGAAAUGCGUAUGAAGGAAGAGAUGAAGACGGAGGAAGCUUAAAUUUGGGUUUGAUUCCCAAAAAGAGCGUUUUUCUAUGUCCAUUUUGGUCUAAAUUAAUUCUUAAUCUAAUCCAAAGUACAUGAUAUCAUAAAACUAGAAAAAUGCAAAACCAGCAAUUAUCUAUGUCGAUUUCCGACAAUUUUUGAAAAUUUUGGCUAUCUUUCAUUUUCAGACAAUCAAAAUCUUAUCUCCUUUUUCAAUCUUACCCCCUUCACGUGUCCCCCCACUUCCCCUAUACCCUAUUGUAACACCUUGUGUACCAAUUAACAUCUCUAAAAAAUCCCGAUCGAUAUUUUUGUAUCGUCUGUUAUUUCCAGAAAUUCAAUAUCUUGGUCAUCUGACACCCAUUUAUAAACUAUCAUUCCACUCAUUUUUCAUUGAAAUACUCUAUUUUUUAAUGGAAAAAUCAGUUUCUGGCCCGAACAUUUUUAAUAUGAAGCUUCUGUUGUUACUAUUAAUUCUUACUAUAUCAUUCUGCUAUGCAUUUAAUAAUGAAACGUUGAAAGUU